GAUAAAAAAUCGUCUUCUUUCGUGAAUCGCACAUCGCACAUACAUUCAACAACAUUCAAUACAUUCCUAGGAUGAUGCUAAGAUGUUUCUAGGUUUGCUUGGUAAAUGAUCUGCUCGUGGAUCCUACUCCUGUUUUUUAAGAAUGAGUGAUAGAAAUGUUAUUAUUGCGGCCGCAGCGGUCAUAUUAAUGGGUUGUGCAUUAUUAUUAAAAGAAAGAGAAAAGAAAAAACGCAAAAGGCUUAUCAGAAGACGUUUGUUUACAAACAAAAGCAGAGAACGGAAACCGAAAAAGAAUCUCAUACAAAGAAGAGUAUUUACAGAAAACGAUGAUGAAGAUGAAUCUGAACCUAUGGAUUACCAAGAACUUCCACAAUUCGAAAGGAAAUCAAAGAAGAAAGAAAAAGAGAAAAAGCCACCCCAAACAUUAUUGAGUUUUGAAACUGAAGAAGAAGGAGAAGUAUUCCAGAUUAAAAAAUCUUCACAUAAUAAAAAGGUUAUGCGAAUGUUUGAAAAAGAGAAAAAGAAGAAGGACAAGGAAAAAGUUGAGAAAGAAGAAUAUAAACCUAAAGAAAAAACUGAAGUAGUUACAGAUGAUAUAAUUCUUGUUGUUAAUCCUAGCCACAAGAGACCACCUACUCCUCCACCUCCAAUAUUGAGUGGAAGAGAUGCAUUAUGUGCAGGCAAGAAUGACUUAUCUUCCGAUGAGGAAGAUUCUGCUUCAACAGUUCAUAGGUUUUCAAAACCAGAUAAUGUAAGAAGAGUUUUGGAAGCAGGAGCAAUACCAGAUGCAGCCAUGAUUCAUGCUGCUAGAAAGAAAAGACAAAAGGCUAGAGAAAUGGGAGACUUUAUAUCUGUUGAAGAUGAAGAACCUGAAGAUACAGGGCGCUUGGUAAGAGAUGAUGAUAAUGAGCAUAGUGAUGAUGAAAGAAUUGAUAUGGACGUUAAUCUAGCUAGACGAGAUAAAGAAAGAAGGAGAGAACAAUUUUUAGCAGCACAAGAUUCAGAUCAUGAACUUGAUGAAUGGGAAGAUCAACAAAUUAGAAAAGGAGUUACAGGUGCAUCAAUGACAGCAGCACAAGAGCUUAUGAAUGAGUACCAAACAGAACUACAAGUUCAGAGUCUUUCUUUAUCGAAACAACAAGUCCCCAUAAUUGACCCUGAAGUUCCAAGAACACCUGAAAUGAUAGCAGAAAAGUUGAGAGAACAUUUUAAGGAAGUCUGUAACUCUAGAGAACAGAAUUUGGUGAAAUUAAAAAAAGUUCAAGAUGACAUAGAUGAAGCCAAUGAAGAAUUAGAGGAUUUAAAAAUAAAAGCUCCAGAAGCAGCAGAAAAAUUCAGGUUUUAUCAAGAAUUAAGAGGAUAUAUUACAGAUUUAGUUGAAUGCUUAGAUGAAAAAAUUAGUGCUAUUACUGUAUUAGAACAAAGAGCAAUGGAUCUAAUGGCAUCUAAAUCUAAAUGGUUAAUUGAAAGGAGAAGACAAGAUGUUAGGGAUCAAACAGAAGAAGCAACUGGUAAAGCAUUAUUAAAAAAAGGUCCAGAAGAUGAAGAAAAAGUCAGAAGAGCUGCUGAAAGAGAGGGCAGAAGAACAAGACGCCGACGAGCCAGGGAAUUGCCAAAUACACAGAAUAUUGCAAAGCAUGUGGAGGGAAUGUCAAGCGAUGAAGAAAUGUCUCAACAAGAUUUACUCUUCUUUGAUAAAGAGAAACAAGAAAUCGAUCAAGAAUUACAAGAAAUUUUUGAAGAUGUUGUCGAGGACUAUUCUUCAACAGCUAGUAUUCUUAUUAGGUUUGAACACUGGAGAACAAAAGAUAUGUCUGCGUAUAAUGAAGCUUAUGCCACUUUGUGUUUACCAAAAGUAGUAAGCCCUCUGAUAAGACUUAACUUAAUUUUUUGGGAUCCUUUAAAUGAAACUAAAGACAUUGAAAAAACUGAGUGGUACAGAACCUUGGCACUUUAUGGACUGCACGAUGAUGAAUCUGAAAAAAGUCUAUCUAAAGAUCCAGAUAUAAACUUGUUACCAACUGUAAUUGAGAAAGUAUUAUUACCAAAAUUAACACAGUUAGUUGACAAAUGUUGGGACCCUGUUUCAAGUUCACAAACUUUAAGGUUAGUUGGUAUGGUGGGUAGAUAUAUUAGGAAAUAUCCCACUCUUGGACCAAGCAGUAAAAGUUUGACUAACCUUUUUAAUGCUAUUCUGCAUAAAAUGCAGGUGGCUUUAGAAAAUGAUGUUUAUAUUCCAAUUACUCCCAAAUUAGCCGACAGUAAGAACCAAUUCUUUCAAAGACAGUUUGCAAGUGGUUUAAAAUUAUUAAAAAAUAUCACUAGCUGGCAAGGCAUCAUUAAUGAUAACAAAUUGAAAGAAUUAGCUUUAAACGCAUUACUAAACAGAUAUUUAUUAAGUGCAUUAAAAUUUUGUGUAUUGACCGAUGCGGUUCAAAAAGUUAGACUGAUUAGUCAAGUUGUACCUAGAAUUUGGUUGCAGGAAAGUACUCCAGAAUUUACAAUGUUUAGUACCUCUGUAAAUAAUUUGUAUCAACAACUAGAUAAGAAUAAUCCCUUACAUUUAGAAUCUAUAGAUAUUUUAAAUGGUAUAAUUAAAACAUUGCGAUCUGUAACUAAUAAUCAUUAAGGCAAUAAAUUAUUUUAACAAAU